AUGUCAUCCGACGACGGAAGAGAAACAGAGACCCGGCCAACCGGCCUGCUAGAUGCAGUCGAGCAUCUGGAAGCAGUUGCAUAUGUUCCGCCCAAGCAAAGAUACACAGAUGCUGGCCAGUUGGCCAAAACAAUCGCUUCAGACGCGUAUGAGAGUGGAAUUUCUCGAGAUGUUCUGGAGCGUCUCCUGAAGAUUCUCACAACAGAAAAUAAUCUUGACCAAGGGACCAUGACUACGUUGAUCAAGAACCUGUAUCCACUGGAAAGAAUAUCUUCCAAAGUGGUUACGCAGGUGGUGUGUUGUCUUGGUCCUAGCAAGAACAAACCAAGUGCUGCAACCCAGACUUUACUCUUGCGAUGGUUGAUUCUCGUAUAUGACUUUCUGGAGGACAGAUCCUACUUAUCAAAGCUCUAUGCAGUGCUUUUUAAUUGCCUAGAUAUGCUAAGUCUGCGGAAAUCCCUGUGCCAUCUCCUUUCUCUCAUCACUCGACGAAAGCACGUCAAGCCUUUUCGUAUCCAAGCUCUCAUGGAGAUGCUUGCAUCUGCAAGUGGUGAAGAGAAGGAACUCACGAGUCUACUAAAGGUUUUCAAGAACUAUUAUCCCGAUAUCGUCCUGGGAGACCUUGGUAUGAGAAGAACGGGCCUGUUCUUUAAGCAUCCGGACCCAGAGUGGCCUAGCCAUGUGAGACAUCUUCAGGAUACCAACGCCGAGAAAGCACAAGCGAAUCAACCCUCAACAUUUCAGGUUGUUCACCGUGGCUUGGUGAAAAGGACUAAAAUGGAAGUCAUCGUUCCAGAUGUGCAGACAUCGCGAGUAUCACAAAACCACACGUCAUUGGAGGAACUGCGCAGCGUUAGCCAUUUCGUCGAAAGGCUCGACAAGAUCGAACUGCCUAAUCAAAUAAUAUCUACCCUGGGUGACAAUCUGGCCCAGAAAUAUUUGUUUCUGGUUAAACCAGAAGCUGCGAAUCGCCGACUAGACGAUUGGCUAAAGGGUUUCCUUAAUGAUAAACUGGAGCAGAUUCAAGAUGGGCACGAAGAUGAGCCAGAAACAUUAACUUACAUACUUACGCUUGCUGUGGAGUAUGUUCGCUAUGCUAAGGAAGUCCCUGCUGCAGUUAUCUCAUUCCUCAAGGCAUACCUCCUUUCAUGGAAUGGUAGCGACAACCUUGAGCAAACUAUGCAUCUCCUCGAGUAUCUUCCUGUGCAACCCUACGACUCUCUGCGCAGCGAGAUUUUGGAACCCCUAGAAGUUGCAGUACUGGAUGAAACACUUGCUUCGAGGACCAUCAUACUUGACUUUUAUUCUUGCUUAGUUCGCCAAUGGGGUGUCAAACUUAGGACACAACCGGCGAACUCCCCAGAAUCAAAGCCUCUCAGCAGGCUUAUUGUGCAUGCAGAACUUUUGGCACUAUCGAUUCUCGAGAACUCACCCACUGCACCGUAUGACGACGACAUUGGAAAAUAUAAACCCGGUACAUUGGCUGUUGUUGAAUUCUAUUGCACACUCGCCGAAUUAUUUUCUUACGCGUCUUCGAACGGAAAUAUCCGCCUCACAAUCCCCCUGGCUCCAACAGUUUACACCCUACUGUUCACACCGAUAGACUCAGUAAUUUCAAUUAUAAGCUCCGUGCUCGCCAGCUACAAGUCGUCUUUUGAAUCAUCCCUGACUUCUGAAGUCCUUCAAAUGCCAAACUCCUCGGAAUCCCUCUAUCCAACAGACUUGGUAGGCCAGUUCAAUGGCUAUGUGAUGGACAUUUGCAAUCUAUUGUGGCGAAACCGAGGACUCAACGGAGAAGAUGCGAAUGCCUUAGGCUGCUUGAUGCCGCCUUCUACCAUCGCUGCUCUUACACAAUACAUUAAGGAUUCGAACGAAAUCGCUAGGGAACGGAAACGCGAUGUUGUCUUCCACUACAACCUUUCCUCGAUAUUCUCUCUUGGCCACCAUGCAGCGCUGUGCAAUAUAUCCGCAGCUUGCUUUUCUGAUAUAGAAGAGGAGAAUAAAAUCACAGAAGGACAGCCAAAACUUAGGAGACCUGUCACCCAAAAGGCGCUUAACGCUUUGGAGAAAGAGGGAGGGGUCAAGAUGACUUGGCACGAGUAUAGAGUGCGCAUGUUGGAUUGGUUGGAGGCGGCAGACAGUCGCGGGAUUGGAGAAUUGAUGCGAAGUACGAUGAAGGCCUUACGUAAAGAGUGA